AUGUAUGAUUGGGGACGUCAAGGAAGCCAAAGCGAAGUGGCUAAUUUAAUGCAUGAAGGAAAUAAACAGUUUGUUAUCGAUGAAACAAAACCAUACGCUGAGUUAUGGAUGGGUGUACAUCCAAAUGGGCCAUCAAGGCUUGUAUCAGACGGAAAGCUUUUGUCAGAAAAAAUUGCGGAAUCGGAAUCUUUUCUUGCGAAUCAUGAAGAUAGCAAUCAUAAACCGGAGAUGGCGAUUGCUUUAUCGAAUUUUCAACUUUUGAGUGGCUUUCGCCCCUUUUACGAAAUUUGUGACAAUAUUGAAGCUUUUCCUGAACUACGGAACUUAAUAAUCUCGGAAGAUGCUAUUGAGAACUUGAAAACCGGAAAUAAUUUUGAAAAGCGCGAAGCCUUGAAGAAGAUAUUUUCCGAAUAUAUGCGUUCAUCAGACGAAAAUGUAUCUAAAGCAGUACAGCAGUUGGCAGUACGCCUAAAGAACAAAAACGACCGUUCUGAUCUCGAAGAGUUACUUCUUCGAUUAAAUAGCGAGUAUCCCGGUGAUGUAGGUGUCUUUGCACCACUUUUAAUAAAUUAUUUUACACUAAAAAAGGGAGACGCUGUUUUUAUGGGACCAAAUUCUCCUCACGCAUAUCUUCUGGGAGAUUGUGUGGAAUGCAUGGCUUGUUCAGACAAUACCGUUCGUGCCGGACUAACGUCAAAAUUCAAGGAUGUGAAUACACUUUGCUCGGAUUUGACAUUCGAAAUGAUUCAGCCACCGUAUUUUUCUCCAAAAAUUAUUAGUCCUGGAAUAAGGGAAUAUGCACCACCGGUUCAAGAAUUUGCUGUGCAUGAAUUAGGGAGUGAUGCUAGCGAAUUGCGAAAUGUUGGCGCUAGCAGUAUUAUUAUCGUCAUAAAAGGUUCAACUGAUAUACAUACUGAUACUGAAAAAUUCAAGAUGGCUCGAGGUGAAGUAUACUUUGUCCCCGCGAAUAUGCACUCUGCGAAUAUUAAACCGUCCGGUGAUUUUUUAGCUUAUCGUGCUUUCACACCUAAAAGAUAG